AUGGAGUCACUAUCCCAUUCUCGAAGUAGCUCGUCGGGCUUCCGCUCUCGUCGGUCCUACACCAACCUUCAACAUAUUUCGCUUGCUCCACUGACCAGCAGAUUUCCGCUCGGCGACGAUGAAACGGAUGGCCCUGUUUCUGGAAAGGAAGAUGACUAUGGCUAUAACCCUCACUUCCAACAUACUUCUUACUAUUCAGCUCAUUCGGUGCCCACUACUCCUCCUGUGCUCUCCGACUCCCGAAAUGUAUCAUUAACGAAUUUGACCAAGAAGAAAACUUCUUCGAAAACAAUCCAUAUGAGUGAUACCGGUUUGGAGUUUCUCGGUACCCAGAGGCCUGCGCACCAUCACAGAACACGCAGUCAUAAUCCACGAGAGCGAUUGCCACGAGCCCGGAGCCAACAUGAGGAUAACGAAUGGCUACUGAGAGCCGGGUUGGCAUUGGCAACCUCGGCACGAGAAGAGAAGGGUCAAAGCUGGCUCGUGCAGCGGGAAAGUUCAACGAGUCUUGUUUCGGAGAUAAAGCAAGAACAUGAACGUCGACCACAUCUACCCCGUAGCCAAACGGCACGAAGAUACCGCUCUGGAGCGGCAACUCCUACGGCUCUAUCGAGGCGUGGAUCGAAAUCCCAGAUCCCUAGUCCACGGAGUAGUCGAGCAUCUUUUAUGACUGCGGCGGAUGGAGUAUUCAGCUCCCGAAGUGGUGAACAUACACCCUUUCGUGACCAAACCGAAGUCAUUCCGGAUUUUGUAGACAAGACUGUUCGUGACGAAAUGCAAUUGAUCAUGUCCCAGCGGCGCAAUGACAAUAAUUCGUCACGAAUUGGAAACGGGAACGAGGACACAGUUUACGAUCACAAUUCUAUAAGAUCGUCUAUCUUUAACCGAUCCUUUCCUCCCUCGGAAUCGGAUUACCCGUCAGAAUCAGACGAAGAAAGUGAAUUCGGUGAGGUUGAAAUGCAACGCCUUACACGCCAGCAAGGAUUUGGCCUUGGCCCUUGGAUAGACCGGCUGGUCGAAUGGACGCUAUUUAACGUGGAAGAAGAGAGCUCGCCUACCGCCCAUGCCCACUGGACAGACGAACACGACGCCAUGGUCGGCAGCAGUACAGCCAAGAAGGAAAUCACCAUUUCUCAUUGCGAAAGCGAAUCAGACCCGGAAGCAGAAGCAGAGCCAGAGGCAGAUUGCCAAAGCACUGGAACGACCGACGAAAACCUGUCGAUUGGCUCCUCUGAGGAGCUUAAAGAUCGAGAAGUCUGGGCUGAUUUGAGAUGGUUGCUGCGUGCUGCUAGGGAUGCGUUGUGA